GCGUGACAUGUUUUGAUUGAUGUUAGGGAUUUAAAACAUUCCUGUGAGAUUUGGGAACGGUUAGAGUCUAGAUUCAUGUCUGCCAGUUUAGCCAGAUCUAUGGAAUUAAAGCGGUUAUUGUCCCAAAUUAAAAAGAAACCUGAUCAGUCAAUGGACAGUUAUUUAAGGGAAAUUAAAAUUUUAGUGGAUGAUCUUGCUACAAUCAAUUGUCCGGUUCCACCUCGGGAAGUGCUGAAAACUACCAUUAUGGGUUUAGGACCUGAAUAUGAAUCUUUAUUCACCACCGUUUCAUUAUUUCCCCAAAAUUUCCCUUUUGAGAGCCUUCGCAACCAUCUUCUGGAACAAGAGCAGCGGGGUCCUUUAUAUACGCUCCCAGGAAUACUCCUCCAUUCAUCACGCCUUUGGUGCGCUCACUCCACCUUCUGGACAGCCGCACGCACAGCAGGGAGUACCGCGGCAGCCAGCGUCUUCCACUGGUGGACCGCAGCAGUCACACCAACCCAGCCAACAGCAGCGCGGGAGAGGCCGCGGCCGUGGCAGAGGUCGCGGUGGGCGUGGGCGUGGACGCGGACAGUACCCAGCACAGUACGGCCAGUAGGGGUACUGGUAUCCGCCGCAGGGUCCGUCCAUUUAUCACCCGGGAGGGGGUGUUCUGCCGGUUCCACAUGCAGGGGGUGUGACAUCUACGGGUACUGUUUUUUGUAAUUCUGCUAUGUCAACUUAUAAUAUUAAUGCCUUACUUGUUUGUGCUACUAACAUUAGUUCUGCAGGCUUACCAUCAGAUGGGGGUAUUCUUGGUUCUGUUCUGCAUCCUGUUGUGUGUCAAAUUUGUUUUUCUGCAGGUCACUCUGCUAUCACUUGUUCCUCUCGUUUCACACAGCCCUCUGUUCCUGCUUUGUUGACUACUCCUGGGGAAACUAAUCCCGCUUUAUGGUAUCCUGAUUCGGGAGCUUCUGCUCACAUGACUGCGUCCGAAGGACAAAGCCUCGGGGGCGAUACUUCUGCGAGCUACCAGUAGUGGACCACUUUAUCCUAUCACUUUGCCGUCUUCUCCAUCAUUAGUUUUAGCUUUCGUUUUAGCUUCUGGCCCUGUGUGGCACCGUAGACUAGGUCACUGUGGUGACAAUAUUUUACAAUUUCUUAAACGAAAAAGAUUUUUAUGUAGUCAUUCUCCUUUUAUUCAUGAGUGUGUUGCUUGUCGUUUAGGAAAAUCACAACGAUUACCCUUUAUGGAUGCCUAUCAUAUUUCCUCUUUUCCUUUAGAAAUUAUUC